UUCUGGGGCUCCGGGUGAUUUGAAAAUAAACUUUAAUCUUAAACAUUUUAUGAUUUCUGUUCGAAAAAUUUUCUGGGUUUUAAAUCUUGAACUUGUCUGUUGAACACAAACUUGAUUUUCACAAAAUUGAAGUUUUGGUGUAAUUUAAGGUUUAAGGUCACUUCGAGGUUUUAUUUGGUACACAAUGAAAGGGGAUAGAAUGGCAAAGAGGUCUUCUUUUGGGAGCGUCGUCAGGAGAAGAUUGUCAGAUAUUACCAAUUCUGCUCCACAGCCUAGAUCUCCAAGCAAUGUAGAAAAGCCCUCCUUGGAUCCUUCUUCUAAGGAAUAUAUUGAUCAUCUUGCCAAGGAAAAUAUGGCACUGGUCAAGCUUAUUCAAGAUAAAAAUAAGGCGAUUGAAUUGAAUGGAAUUGAGCUCCAAAAACUCAGAAUCAAUCUUCAGAAGAUGCAAAUGCAGAAUUGGAAUCUUGCUCAAGCCAAUAGUGUUAUGAUAGCGGAACUUAAUUUCGGGAAAGAAAAGAUGAAGACCCUACAGCACGAGAUUUCCUGCAAGGAGGCACUUCUUAAAUCAAGGAGUUUGGAAAUCAAGGAGAGAGAGGUGAUUCCUGCAGAAGAAACCAAACUUGAUAAUAGCAAGAGCAGAAGGCCCCGCUUCACAAGAAGUAGAUCCGUAGGCCAUUGUACAACUGUAUCCCAUCAAGUUGCAGCAAAGGAGGCGGCAGAAAACAAGAGGCUCUGUUUAAGGAGGCAGUCGGCUAGUUCCAAAAUGCAACAGCCGGAAAACAAAGAAAACUUGUUCGAAUUAGAGGACGUGAUGCUGCCAACUGCUGGCGUACCGACUGAUUUUGGACCAGCUUCAUCACCUUUUACUUACAAAGACUGUAAAGAUGAUAAGCAACAUGGAGCUGAACACAGAUCUAGACGACCAGAAAGAACCUCAAUUGGUGGAAGACCAUUAAGAAAGGCAGCUGAGAAGGUUCAAUCAUACAAAGAAGUCCCUUUAAAUAGUAAAAUGAGGAGAGCAAAUUGAGCUGUAUGAAAUUUGAAAAUCAGAUUCUUGUGCUAU